UGUGUUGUGAUAGGAUUAAGAGAGUCUUCUCUUCUACUAGAUAGUUAUUAGUAUUUUAAAUAAAGCCUGUUCACUGGACAGACAGACAACCUCCGCUAUAAUAUGUCCCGCGAUACAAACGUGUCUCCAGCGGAGGUGGUUCUGGGUUUCCUGGAGGAGGCGGAGCCGUGGCGGCUUCGAUCCCCACAGUUCCCCAGUAAAGUCGGGGGGAAGCCGGCGUGGCUUAGCCAGAAAGGCCUGCCCUCACUGCCCGGGCUGGAGUGUGAGACAUGCCGCCUGCCCAUGGCCUUUCUGCUCCAGGUGUACGCACCAGUGUCUGGUCAGGACAGGAGUUUCCACAGAACACUCUUUCUGUUCUGCUGCAGAACUCCUGAGUGCUACACACACAACGACAGCCGCUGUAUGAAAGUUUUCAGAAGUCAGCUACCCAGGAGGAAUGAGUUCUACCCUUACGACCCUCCACCAGAGGAUGAACCCCUCAGCGAUCCUGAAGACAACCAGAGUGUGCUGCCUGUCUCUGGAGUUAAAAUGUGUUGGGUGUGUGGUUGCCCUGGCAACAAAGCCUGCUCCCGCUGUCAAAUUGUGACCUACUGUGGAAAACACCACCAGACCCUCCACUGGAAACAGACACACAAGAAGGAGUGUGGCAGCCAAGACGCAUCCAUUGUCACAACCUCUCCUUUCCUCUUCCCCGAGUCUGAGCUGGUCACUGAGCCUGAGGAAGAGGAGGAAGAGGGGAGAGAGGAAAACACAAAGGAAGCUGAAGGAGAGGAGGAAGAGGAGGAAGACACAAAGGAGGCUGAAGGAGAGGAGAAAGGGGAUGGUGCUCACAGAGGUGUAGACUGUCCCUCUUCAGCAGACACGCUGGCAGAGACAGACCUGGAGGAGAUGGCUAUGUGUGAGACUGAAGACAACAAAGUGUUGCAGAGAUUUAAAAAGAAGAUUGCACCAGAACCACACCAGGUGGUGCGUUACAGCCGAGGCGGUUCUCCCCUAUGGAUCUCUCCUCAGCACGUCCCUUCAGAUCAGGAUAUCCCACCAUGCACCUGUGGCGCCAAGAGGACUUUUGAGUUUCAGGUGAUGCCCCAGCUAUUAAACAGUCUAUGUGUGGAUGCAAAAGGAGCCAGUAUCGACUGGGGGACACUCGCCGUCUACACCUGCUCUGCCAGCUGUAACCAGGACAACCACUACUACCCCGAGUUCAUCUGGAAGCAGGACUUCAGCACGGGUCAGCAGCAUAAACACUCAUGAUAUCAGCCUGCUGCUUGGGCGCAAUUUAGGACAGUCUGGUGCAUCUAACAGCUCAGACUGUGCAGUGAGGAAACUGGUGUAGUCACACUAGUAAUGUCACUUCCCAUUAAAUGGACUGGACACGGCUGCUGUUCUUGUUACGCAGCUGAUUAUACGCAGAUCAAAUGUAAAAAUCUGCCGACUGAGGGAUCAAACUCCUCAGAGACUGUAACAAGGAGAAUGAAGAUGUUGUUGGGUGGCAGAUAUUCACCGUCUGAAUUUGAGCCAAAUUUCUUUUUAUGAGAACACUUGUAAAUGCUGUUUAUUCAGGUUGGUCUACUGGUGCUGAUAAUGAGCAAAACAAUAUGAGCUUGUGCCUUAUCAUCACAUAAUAAAGAUUUUAACA